AUGACCACCGACCUCUACUCAAUCCCCGCGGCCAACGCUGCCAACCCGCCAGACACCACGAUCCCCCGCACAACAACGACAGUCAGCGAGACCGCCGCUCUCGCCAACUCGCUCAAUGGCAAUGGCAAUAUCAAUGGCAACAGCAAUGACUCGAUAAAGCUUGCUGUCUCCGCUAAUAAUACCGAUACUCCCACGUCAGACGAAGAAGAAUCUCUCUUUACGCCCUCUCUCAUCUCCGCCGAGAUCCAAUCCGUCCUGCCCGAGGGCUACAGCGCGCGUCCACUGCGUCGCUCCGACUACCAUCUCCGAUACCUCGAUGUAUUGCGUGUUUUGACUACGGUCGGAGACAUUACAGAGGCCAUGUGGAACGAGCGGUAUGACUACCUCGUGAAGCGGAAUGACGAGUACUACCUGAUUGUCAUCUGCGACGGCUCUGGCCGAAUUGUGGGAACUGGUAGUUUGAUUGUCGAGCGCAAGUUCAUCCAUACGCUGGGUCUUGUCGGCCAUAUCGAGGAUAUCGCCGUUUCGCAAGACCAGCAAGGCAAGAAAUUAGGGUUGAGAAUUAUUCAGACCCUGGACUAUGUUGCUGCCAAGGUUGGAUGCUACAAGAGUAUCCUCGAUUGCUCAGAAGUCAAUGAAGGCUUCUAUAUCAAGUGUGGCUUCAAGCGCGCCGGCCUCGAAAUGGCGCACUAUUACUGA